GGUGGCGCGUUGAAGGGUUUUUAUUUCUUGGUGUUUGUCGAAUGAUAUUCGGCAGUGGGCGGGGUGGGCAGAGAUACGUGAACCGGAGCAGUUGGCGCAUGCGCUGCACGAGUCCUGUUUGAGCCGGCGGCGGAUUCGAAACGAUGCUGCCGGACCUGCUGAGUUUUUCCAGUGAUGCCGUCAAAGAAAUUUGUCCUUAAGUGUGGGAACUUUGCAGUUCUGGUGGAUCUUCAUAUUUUGCCUCGAGGAACAAGUAAAGGCACCAGCUGGUUUACUGAACACCACAAGGAGGAGAUUAGUGCACUUGUAAAGGAAGAUGUUGAUUUCAGGGUCAAAAAGUAUCUGGAAGUGAGAAAACAGCGCGGCAACAUGCAACCUAAACCAAGCAAAGAACUGACACCCAGUAACCCGCUGUGUAUCAAAGGGCAAAAUUUUCGUCUUGCCGCUUACUUCAUGAAGAGACAUACAAACUUAAGAUGUGUCACGCAACACCAGUAUUGUGGACUUUACAUAUUUCCUGAUCGUUUUGUGGUUUGUAUAACUCCGUGUGAAACUGGUCCAAAAAAUGGAAUGGCUGCGGAACUGAUUACUGAUGCUGAGCAUGGAACCUCAGAAUACUUUCCUGGGGAUUCAGAAAUGAAAGAGCUUUGCAAUAUCUCUGUUUCAACACACAAGAAGAAAGAAGCUUUGAAACACAUUGUAAAAAAGGCUUGUCGCACAAAAAUGGGAAGCUUUAACAAAUCCGAAACUAAUAAUUGCUCGCCAAAAAUAUUGCAUGCUGAAAUAGAAGAUGAGCAGGAUGUAGCCCAAUCUGCUACAGGUUUCAGGCAUGAGGUUCAGGAUAUAAAUACUGGAAGAACAGAAGAUUGUAUGAACUCUGUUCAAAGCAAGUUAUUACUUCCUGUCAUAAAACUGGAAAAAUAUAUUAACAAGAGACAGCCAGCUCAAGAGAACUGCCAACAACAACCGCAAUCGAUUGAACAGCUGAAGACAGGUUUGAAAAGCACAGUGGGCGGCAAUGAGUCAGCACUGCAAGAUCCUAAACAAAAUGAAGGAAACUCAAAAUCACAAACGAAGCGAAGGAGAGACUUCUGUCAGAACGGAACAGAUAGUGCCAAGAAGCUAGCUUCAGGGGAUUCUCCAGCAUCCCUCCAUGAGGUUGCAAUGGGAAUGAAUUCUCCUGAGUCUUUAAGAAAAUCACCUGCGAGAAAAAAGCUUUUAAAACAUAAUUCUAAUUGUAAAAGGUCAGUCAAAGGUAAACCCAACAAUCUUGACCCCACAAAAGAGAAUGGAUGUGGAUCCUUGUUUUCUACAGGCAGUUCUCCCCAAGACUUUUGCUACAUGAAUAAAUGUAAAAAGAGACGACUAACAACACAAACCAAACUGACUAAAAAGUCAGAGAAGGCACCUUCAGGCCUUCUUGGUUCCGAAUCUGUGAAUUCAGCAACAAGUACAGCAUCAGUAGAAGUUGAGUCUGAAGUAAAAAAUGUGCCAAGAAAAUCGAGACUUCAGCGGCCAAAAAGGCUGGAACAUACAGGAAUUAAUAAAUUGUCACACGACAGUCACUAAUCGUUGGCACUGUUUGGUUGUGACAGGAGAGGAUUUCAAUUAAUAUAGUGCAUAAAUGAGAAGUCAUUUUGUAAAAGCACAACACUCUUGUAAUGUUAUUGAGGUACCAGCAGUCUUGGAUAUUUCAGGGUCAGACUUAUACUUUGAUAUUAAAUUCAUUCCUAAAGGAUAAUUUAUUCUCAUUUAAUUUUAAUGUAGUACUUAAGAAAGCUUCAUUUCUUGGUAUCUUUAGUCCUGUCUAAUUUGAUGUUAAUCCUACUAAUAGUUAGUUUACAAACGAUGGAGUUCAGUAAUGUGUUUUUAAUUUGAUUUUAAAAUCACACUUUGCUGUCUUAGUGAUCUUCAUAUAAUUUCCAUUCUUAAGCCUGUUCCACCAUGCAUUUCACAAUAAAGUUUAAAUAG